GCUGUGCUCAUCAGUUUCUUUUCUGGACAAUUCAUAAUAAUGCCAGCUGAGACCUUACUCCCGCAGUUUGACCUGCUUACUUUACAUGAGAAUGAAACGGGCUGGGGUCCUGUCGAUAUUCCGAAAGAAUUCGAAGGGGUGCCUUACCAGCCUUUUUCAAAGGAUACACGCCUUGGAAGGGUUGCUGAUUGGUCCGGCAACGUUUACCAAGACAUGAAGUCCAAAGGUCGCUACAUGUCGCAGUUUUCCGGCUCUCAAUACGCUUACGUGCAUGACGAGGAUGACAGUAAUUUCCAGUUGGUAACCUCUGGUCGUGAUCUGAAAUCUACCAAUUUACGUCAGCGUUAUCGAUUUCCAAUGCGUGGACGUCGCCCGGGAACUACCGGGGGUUACAAUUACGCGUCGUCAGGUCGUGGUGGUUAUGGUCAACAAUCCGGGAUUUAUCAGAAUCGGAAAUUCCGUAAUCUGUCGGAUCGCGAGCGUAUGAUGCAGUAUCCGAACCGGCGUUGGAACAACCAGUGGAGCAACGCUACUGGUCCUGGAAGUCAACGCCGAGGCGGAAUGCAGGGUCCUGGUGCUUGGCGGAAUCAGCCUGGUGGUGGAUGGGGUUCCUCCUAUCAGGACAGACGUCAGCCUCACCGAACUGUUAGGGAUGCCUCAGUCCAAAUCAAGGAUUCGUGGAACUUGGAAGAAGAGCUGGACUUCACUCGAUUGUCCAAAUUAGCGUUGCCCACAGUGAAGGAACCAGUGGAUCUCGUGAAAUGUGGCGAGAUGGAGUACUACGACAAGUCGUACGACCGGGUCAGCACUCGUAACGAACGUCCCCUCGUGCGAGUUAACCGCGUCACACACACGGUGUCGACAAUGGAUGACCCGAUCAUUCGUGAUUUGGCCAAACAACACGCUGCUCGAGUGUACUGCACAGACUCCAUCGCAUCACGCAUCAUGUGUUGCACGCGGUCAGUGAAUCCAUGGGACUUGGUAUUUACACGGGCGGAUGACCUUCUCUUCAUCGAUGAGCGCGAGAAAUCGGAACUCGAUCUGGUCACUGUUUGUGAGACUGCCGCCGAACCUCCAAACGAAGAGCCCGGACACAUCAACUCUGCUCAGCGCCUCGCACUGGAAGCAACUUACAUAAACACUAAUCUGGCGCAACAAAUGCUAUUAAUGGGUGGCAAAAAGUAUUCGUUUCCAGAACGCAAUCCCUUCAUUGAUGACGAUGAGGAUGAUGAAGAUGAAGACGACAGCGAUGACGAUGACGAGGAGGAGGUCGAUGAGGAUGACGAGCAAGAAGGUGGCGAUCAGUCGAAGCGCAAUGGCAAGAAAAAGGACAAGAAAGACGAAUUAGGCUCUGUUGGAUAUCGCUAUCGUCUAUUUGAUUUGGGCAACCAGAUCACUCUUGUUGUUCGAUGUGAGAUCAACGGCGUGCUUCCUCCGGCCACCACAGACGCGGAGCAGUCGACCCAGGCGACUCCACAGUUCGUUUGUAUUCGCGCUUUGAACGAGUUUGAUUCUCGAUGUUGUGGCGGAGUGGACUGGCGCUCAAAAUUGGACACCCAGCGCGGCGCUGUCUUGGCCUCUGAGAUCAAAAACAACGCUUUCAAGUUGGCACGAUGGACCGUGUGCAGUAUCCUUGCCGGCGCGGACCAACUCAAGCUGGGUUUUGUCUCACGUGUCAAUCCGAAAGACUCUUCGCGACAUGUGAUUCUUGGUACACAACAGUGCAAACCCCUGGAAUUUGCACUUCAACUCAAUCUGAACUUGGACAACUCUUGGGGUAUACUGCGUUGCGUGAUCGACUUCUUCAUGAAGAUGCCCGAAGGCAGAUAUCUCCUACUAAAGGACCCUAACAAGCCUAUGCUUCGCAUCUUCUCCGUCCCAAGAGAUGCCUUUGAAUCGGACGAGAGCGAGGAAAGUGGAGAGGAUGUCCCACCCGCACAGCCGCAGACCUCAUCUGAUCAUAUGCACGAUGAACAGACUGCUGACCAUGUGGUGGAACCUGACAGAGUUGCAGACUGAGGAACUCCAUCGCCUUUCAAGUGUCACUUAUCCGCUUGUGAUUACAUGAUUCGACAUUGAUUCCAUCUCUGUUCUUACUUUUUGUAUUGGUUCCUAGGCCUUUAGUGGCGAGCGUCAUCACACACGUUUUGUUCAACAUGGCAGUCAGGUUAUC